UCCUCAGUCUUCGAUGAUUGUUUGAUAUGGUAACAUCGCGAAUAGGUUUAUAUGUCUCUUGACGUUCACAAUUGGAAGCGGUAUUAGGCGUAUUAUUCUUACAAAAUUACGCAUUGCGACAAACUCCUCUAUUUUAAUUAAUAUGUGUAGAGCAGAAUUCCAUUUAAAAUUACAUUAAUAUGUUCCGAAAAUUUUUAUUAAAUGGUGGAUUAGUGUUAAUCGCUGUAAUAACUAGUACUUCUUCAAUUGCUAACAAUACAGAAUAUGAACAAGUUACAGUACCAUUCCAUUAUAAUGUCAAAAUACUACUUCACCUUAAGGACAAUCUUUUAUUCGGCGAUUGCAGUAUUAAUAUAAACAUUAGCCGUCAAUUGGAAUAUAUAAAGCUAAACUCCGUACCCAUUCGUAUAAUUAAAGCAACCUUGAUUGCUAGUAAAAAUACAAAUAUGUAUCAAUUUUCUUCAUUCAACAACUAUAACGACAUUCUUACUAUUAAUUUUGAUGAAGAGGUAUCUCCCGAUACAUACACUUUAAACGUGACAUAUAUGCGUAUAAUACAUGAAGAUAGAAAUUCAUCCCAAUCUAUAUAUCAAGACAAACUAGGAGAUAAAAUGUUGAACCAAAUAGGUGUCGAGGUAAUGAAGGCCCGACAACUAUUUCCGUGCAAGGACGAGUUAACUAGCAAUUCUACAAUUAAGAUUGCCAUCAAACAUGACGAAAAAUAUACAGUUUUAUCGAAUAUGCCUAUUCGAGUACGAAAUAAAGCUGCUAAUAGCAUGAUGUGGACUGACUUUGACGAAUCUUUACCAAUGCCUGUGCAACGGAUAUCGUUUAUGAUAACCACAUUUACUAAUGUUUCUAGUCAGUUUGCAAAUGUUACCAUAUGGUGCAGACCAAGUGUUUGGAUAUAUGUUCUUUAUGCAAAAGAUGUUCUCGAAAAGGUUGUGCCAUAUUUUAAAGAAAAAUACAUGCUAGAAUUAUCGAAAUUGGAUAUUGUUGCAGUCUGGCAUUGUCACGACUAUAACAUUACGACAUUGGGACUCAUUUUGCUAAGGGAAGCAGAUAUUAUUUAUAAUAAAGAUUUGCAUUCCGUUAUACGCCGAAGGGAAGUUGCGCACAUGAUAGCACGUCAAUUGGUAUUUCAUUGGUGUAAUGAUGUGUUACUUUGGUCGAAAGAAAGUUUUGCUGCAUUUUUUGGAGCGUAUAUCUUGGAUCAGAUAUAUCAAAAUGAUCACAUGAUGGAUUUAAUGGUUGUACAAACACAGCAAGACUCUUUCCGUUACGACACCUCUUCUACUGCAGAUUAUCUACCACUGGAAAGCAGAAACAACUCUGAAAUCAAUUCAAUAGGGUCUCCAUCAAAUUAUAUGAAAUCAUUCUUGAUAUGGCGCACGUUAUCCCAUUUAAUAACUGAUGUGUUUUGGAUUAAUCUCCGUACAUAUAUAAAUAGACACCGUUUUUCAGCGACUUAUUCAAAUAUGACAGAUGAUUUAUGGACCACCAUGCAAACUCUAUAUGAAAAAUACUCAAAAGAUCUCCUCCAUCCUCAUUUAAAAAAUGAUGUAAUACCUAAUUGGACAAUAAGAAAAUAUUAUUAUGUUCUAAAUGUGACACGACAACGUUCUAUAAACAUGUUUGAUUGGGACGUAAAAUACAUUCAAUCUCCUUAUCUAUCAGUUAAUGAUAAGACAAAAAUAUGGAUACAUGUAAAUUUUCAUACACAUAUAUCGAUGAAGGAUUUUAAUAAUUAUGUGUCUUUAUGGCUAACGUCGGAUAUACCAGUUGCAGGUGUAGACGGUCACUCUAACAUAUCUGAUUGGAUUAUAGUCAAUAUACAAUUAACUGGAUACUAUCGCGCCAAUUAUGAUGUUGGAAACUGGCAACAGCUUAUGCGAUACUUAAACUCCGAUGAUUAUAACAAAAUACAUAUUCUUAAUCGUGCUCAAAUCAUCGAUGACGCAUUUUACUUCUUUGUACAAAAACAACUCAGAUACAACUUGUUUUGGAAUCUUACGAACUUCGUAAUACGAGACACUAAUUUUGUUACAUGGAAUCCUAUGAUUAAAGUUUUCGAAUCUUUUACUUGUAUGUUUCCACUUGAAUAUGGUAAUUUGAUAAUGGAAGCAAUGAAUAACAGAAUAGAUGGACUUCUUACAAAAAUAGGAUACUUUGACGAACCAACAGACCAUACUCUCACUAUAUAUUUAAGACAAGAAGCUGUAAAAUGGGCAUGUAUUCUUGGUAUUUCUGAGUGCCGAAAGAAUGCUGCUUCGAAAUUAUUAGAAAAGUUUAAAUAUUCUGAAAACAACUCAAAUUCGAUGGAGAUGAAACGAACAUACUGUCAUAAUUUAAUACCAAUGAACCACGCUAUUUGGAACGAGAUAUGGAAGAAAUGGAAUGCAACGUUUGAUGAAAGAUUUUUAGAAUACCUAUCUUGCUCUGAAGAUCUUGCUAUCAUUCGCCAUUAUUUAACGGAAUUAAUACAGCGCAGAGCUCAGCCCAAAUAUGUUAAUGCAUUUUUUUUUAGUGUUGCAAAACAUGCAAAAAAAGUUGAACUGUAUAAUUUUGUUUUCAGUAUUGUUGAAAAAGUUACUUUCGAUUCAAAUAGGAGAAGUGACAUCAUUGCAACAUUAAUUGUAAUUAUUACACAUGUGCACGAGAAAAAGCACAUGCGUGAGAUAACCAAAUAUUCAUCGAAAACGCAAAUUGAAAUAACAAAAUAUGUUGAAAAAAAAAUAAGGAAACGAAAAUUGGAAUAUGCAAGACUAUCCAACAACUACGGGUAUUAUUUAAGUAGCAGGAUAUAAAUAGCGAAACAUUUGAGUCAGUGGAAGACUCACUUCACUGUUUCUCAUACACAAUCAUGUAUCGAUAAUUGUUGUAAUCUCUUUCGUCGA